AUGUACGCCGCUCAGAAUAUAACGCCAACAGUUUUGGAUGCUAUGAAUGGAAAUGUUUCCGAAUGGUAUAACGAAUGCGACAAUGCCAUUAGAAGGUCAGAAAUAGUUCCUGGAACUUACGAAUAUACAACUGCUGUUUCUUAUGGAAACGUAGGUGAGUUUGGAGAAGGUUCUUCAACAACAGUAGAUAUUGCUUGCGACAGGUUUCAUAUAAUUUCUAUUGACAACUCUUUCUUAUACGUGGAACAAGACAUUGAAAUAAAACCUUCUGCCAAGUUGUCUGACAAGAAAGGUUGCAAUGGAAUUUUCUAUGUCGGAUACCAAUAUGCUCCAGAAGUUUUCAUGGGAUAUAAGAUAUAUUCUAACUCUGACUUAGUUCAAACAGUAACAUGGGCAAACUAUGAAUGGUUCGCUUUGAGAAACUCAGUACAACCACAAGCUAGAGAACAAACAGACCAGUAUGCAACUAUUGAGAAAAUAAGAAGACUUGACCCUAACGUUCCAGGAGUUUAUGUUAACCUUUCUGGUUCAGAUGGAACUGCUGCCACUAAAGUAAAACUGAAACUUAGAGUUCCUUUGUCAUCUUUCCUCAUCUUCAG